AUGGUCGGGAAGCUCGCUUUGACUAUCGGCCUCCUCCUUGCCGGAGCUCAGGCUCAACAAGCCACCAAUUGCACAUACCAGUCACUGAAGUGUGGUUCAGUGCUUCUUGCACCUCCCUUUAACUACACCACUCUUCAACUCACGACUGCUGUCAACGACACUUCCUCUAUUCCGCUCGUCUCCACCACUGACCUCUCUCAGACCCUCUUUCACUGCACAGAUAUUCUGGGAACUAUUACCGGGAAUGCCUAUUGCUUCGCUGGUUGUGACACCAAGCCUGGUGUUCGAAAUGACCAAUGUAUCUUGUAA